AUGGUGGCCACGCGCGCGCUCGCGUGGUGCUGCCUGCUCGCGGCUACGCAGGCCUUCGUGAUACCAGCGAAGCGCAGUACUGCGCCGGCGCGCCGCGCAUCGCUGCACCCCCAAAACAUCCCGCCGCUCCGCACGACCUUCCUGCCGGCGGCGCCGCUCGACACGUCCGACGAGCCCACCGACGACGGGUUCUGGCGCGACUCGGGGACCUGGGUCAUCGUCGUCUGCUACUUCUUGCAGGGCGCUUUGGGCCUGUCGCGCCUGGCGCUCAACUUCUACCUCAAGGACGAGCUGCACCUGUCGCCCGGCGACCUCGCGGCGCUGACGGGUCUCGCGACGGCGCCGUGGGUCGUCAAGCCGCUCUACGGCCUCGUGAGCGACUCGACGCCGCUCCUGGGGUUUCGGCGCAAGAGCUACGUCGCGCUCAGCGGGCUCGUGGGCGCGGCGUCCUUCGCGGCGAUGGCGACGGUCGCGAGCUCGACCGCCGAGGCGCUCGUCGCCGCGAACGUCGUCGCCUCCGGCGCCGUGGCGCUGAGCGACGUCGUCGUCGACUCGCUCGUCGUCGAGAAGGCGCGGGACGAGGCGGAGGCGGCGAGCCUCCAGUCCGUCGCGUGGAGCAGUAGGUACGUCGGCGCGAUCCUCGCGUCGUUGGCGUCGGGCGCGGCCUUGGAGGCGCUGGGCGCGCGGGGCUGCUUCGGCGCGACGGCGUUCCUGCCGCUCUUGCUCUGCGUGGCGGCGCUCGGCAUCGACGAGGAGCCCAUGGAGUCCAAGGAGAGCUUCUGGGACGAAGGUCUGGCGACGCUCGUCGCCCUGAAAGACGCGCUGCUCUCGCCGGCGAUCCUCCGGCCCGCGGCGUUCCUCUUCCUCUGGCAGGCGACGCCGAACUGCGGCACGGCCUUCUUCUACUUCUCCACGGCGGCCGUGGACGCCGGCGGCCUGGGCUUCGACCCGGACUUUCUGGGCAAGGCGUCCGCGGUCGGGUCCGUCGCCGGGCUCGCGGGCGUGGGCCUCUACAACGCGUGCUACAAGGAGGCGGCGCUGUCGACGGUCAUUCUAUGGACGACCCUGGUGUCGUCGCUCCUGGGCCUCGCGCCCCUCGCGCUCAUCAGCCACGCGAACCGCGGCUGGGGGCUCGACGACCGCGUCUUCUCGCUCGGCGACGACGUCGUCCAGUCCGUGCUCGGCGAGGUCGGCUUCCUGCCGCUGUUGGUUCUCGCGGCGAAGAUCUGCCCGCCGGGCAUCGAGGGCGCGCUCUUCGCGGCGCUCAUGUCCAUCUUCAACGCGGGCGGCCUCGUGUCGACGGAAGUCGGCGCGGUCCUCACGGACAAGAUGGGCGUCACCGAGGGCGACUUCUCGAACCUCGCGCCCCUCGUCGUGACCUGCGCGCUGUCGUCCCUCCUGCCCCUCGUCUUCCUCGGCUGGGUCCGGGAGGCGGAGGAAAGCGGCGAGGACGUUCGACCCCCGGCGAGAUAA